UUAGUGUAGUAAAUGUGCUGCGAACGUCCUGCGAAUAACUCCGUCAGUGGAGUUUCCUCGCCAAUGUCCGCGGAGCAAUGGAUGUGGCCGCCUACAGAUUGGACACCGUACCGAAUACCGCCCCCCAGCAUGGAAGCGCCGGCCGCUGGUUACGCCGAUUGUUUCGGCAACGGCGGGCCGCAUCUCGUUGGCAUGGGCAUUGGCAACGGAAGCGGUGGACCCGGCUCGUCGUCACAUCCGGCAACCGAUGGGCAGGCAACGAUCGGUGGCAGCAAUGGCCCAACCAGCGUCCAGUGGGUGAGCAGCAGUGGGGCUGCUUCCGGUGGCUCGAAUGCCGCAAAGGAGGACCUGGGCGAUAUGGCUUUCUACAUGCCCAACUACUCGCGCGAAAUGCUCAAAAUGAUGUUCAUGAUGCGCUCGCACCACAUGCUAACGGACGUGACGCUCGAAGUCGAGCAGGAAACGUUUCACGCACACAAAGUCGUCCUUUCCGCCGCCAGCCCCUACUUUAAGGCCAUGUUCACCGGUGGUCUGAAGGAAUGCGAAAUGGCGCGCGUAAAGUUGCAAGGCGUUUGCCCAACGGCAAUGACGCGGAUCCUCUUCUUCAUGUACACCGGCCAGAUACGGGUGACCGAGUUGACCGUGUGCCAGUUGCUGCCGGCGGCUACCAUGUUCCAGGUACCAAAUGUGAUAGACGCGUGCUGUGACUUUCUCGAGCGCCAGCUAGAUCCGACCAACGCAAUCGGUAUUGCAAACUUUGCCGAGCAGCAUGGCUGUGAGUCAUUGCGGCAAAAAGCGAACCAGUUCAUCGAACGUAACUUUACCCAAAUCUGCCGCGAGGAAGAAUUCCUACAACUGUCUGUGAUGCAACUGAUAUGUCUGAUCCGGAAGGAUGAGCUGAACGUGCAGGGCGAACGGGACGUGUACGAUGCUGUGCUGAAGUGGGUAAAGUACGACGAGGACAAUCGGUACCCCAAGAUGGAAAGCAUACUGUCAGCCGUAAGAUGCCAGUUGCUAACGCCCAGCUUCCUUAAGGAGCAGAUGAAAAACUGUUCGGUAUUGCGCCGUGCUCCCGGUUGCCGUGAAUAUCUGGCCAAAAUAUUUCACGAUCUAACGCUGCACAAACGGCCAGCGGUACGCGAACGAAAGCCCAACACAACGCGCAUGAUCUUUGUGGCCGGAGGAUAUUACAAACAUUCACUCGACAUGCUCGAGGGCUACAACGUGGACGAUAAAGUGUGGCUUACGCUACCAAAGCUGACCGUGCCACGGUCAGGGCUCGGGGCCGCUUUCCUCAAGGGCACGUUUUACGCGGUCGGCGGUAGGAACAAUUCCCCAGGCUCGUCGUACGAUUCGGAUUGGGUCGAUCGGUACAAUCCGGUCACGGAAAGGUGGCGACCGUGUUCACCGAUGUCCGUGCCAAGGAAUCGUGUCGGUGUUGCCGUUAUGGAUGAGCUGCUGUACGCCGUCGGUGGUUCGUCCGGAUCAGACUAUCACAAUACGGUGGAAUAUUAUGAUCCAGAAACGGACCGCUGGACACUAGUGCAACCAAUGCAAUCGAAACGGCUCGGCGUGGGGGUAGCAGUGGUUAACCGAUUGCUGUACGCCAUCGGUGGUUUCGAUGGAAAAACGCGCUUAGCCUCGGUUGAAUGUUACCAUCCAGAGAACAACGCCUGGACGUUGGUUCCAUCGAUGCGGUACGGACGUAGUGGAGCCGGUGUAGCAGCACUCCACCAGUACAUCUACGUAGUUGGUGGAUUUGACGGCACCAGACAGUUGGCAUCGGUCGAGCGUUACGAUACCGAGCAGCAGUGCUGGGACAUGGUCGCAUCGGUCCGUAUCGCUCGCAGUGCUCUCUCGCUUACCGUGCUCGACGGACGGUUGUAUGCGAUCGGUGGGUACGAUGGACAAGACUUUUUGACCAUCGUCGAAGUGUACGACCCGGUUCGGGAUGUAUGGGACGAGGGAACUCCGCUCACGUCCGGUCGCAGCGGCCAUGCGUCGGCCGUCAUCUACACACCGUCCUGCAUCUCCAGCUACAUGGAAGGCCUUAAUCUGGGCGGUGGCGAAGACAAGCGUCACGAUUCGGCGGGAACGGGUGGAGGUUCGGGUCAGCAGCCACCACCACCAUCAUCGUCAGCACCACCACCACCAUCUGCACACCCCCCGUCCGGGUCGGCACCUGGUUCCGCUUCGCGUCCUAUGGAAGACGGUGGUGGUGCAUCCGACAGCCGUAUGGCUACGGGUGAACAGGAGGAAGCAGAAGACAGAGAAACUGACGGCAGGGAACCGUUUGCCAUGGAAACCGACUCUAGUCAAGAGGAAUGUGAUAAGGAUGUUACCGUGAACGACGAAGGUAGUGGCAUCACAAGCAACAGCAGCAGCAGGAACGUGCCUUUGGAAGGAACUCCACCACCAGGCGUGUUGUCAUCGCACGCUUUGAUAGAACAUCCGGUGCGUGCCGAAGUUAUCCCAUCCUCGAUGCGUCUCACCCGUCGUAUCCUUUCCUGUCGCCGAGGAAAGCGAUGUCCUGGGAAGGAACGAUCCCCAUCUCGGUGCGCCAAACGGUCAUCCUCUUCGGGGACCCGCUACACACUCACACUAGCACCCGUUCCUUCGACCCGGAAAGCUUUGGAAGCUUCAGGAGGCAACGGUGGUGGUGGUUGUAAAAGCAAACGAAAAGCACCCAUUCCCAUCACGGGAAGCGGCGGCGGCAGUGGUGGUAACGCGAGCGAUGAUCAUUGCCCGUUGGUACGACUAAAAAAGCGCAUUACCUGUUUUGUGUCCGCCAUUGUUUCACCAACCUCCUGUUCGACCGCAUUACCAUUGCCAGCAGUUGACUCGUUAAGCGAAGAGUCCACCGGUGCAACGGUGAACGACGACGCCAUAUUGCCAACGGUGCCCGCAAUCGUGCUAUCCACCCCGGACGAUAUGAAUGCGGUUGAGAGCAAUUCGCAUACUCAUAGCUCAUCAAACAUCGUGCAGCAGCCACAUCAGCAGCUACAACGAUCGCCGAACGCCAAGUUAUGA